AUGCACGUCGACCACACCGAAACGACCCCUCUGCGUGCGCGCUUGCAGUCUACGACGGACCUCCCAGUAGAGGAGUCGGUGCGAGAGCCUCUGGACAAGCUUGCGAACCGGAUCUACUCGCUCGAGUCGGAAGUCGGACGGUUACAGGCGAACGAGGCGAUCUUGCUGCAGGAACUGCGGAACGCACAGGCGGGACUGGAGAAGCUGGAGGCAGAUCAGGCUCGGAGACUCCAGGCUGACCAUCUUGAAGGAGUGUCGUGGCUCAACUACGGCCAGCCGGGGACGGAGCUUGGCCAACUCGACGAGUGGAACGGCAGAGGAGAGGAAGAGGGUGCUUCGAAGUGCCAGGAGGCGUUGAAGAAGGCAACGGAGCUGGCCGAAGAAAUCGCGGCGGGAGUGGCGGAGAUGCGGGCCGCGGAGGACGACUGGAAGCACAUGGACGCCUGCCGCCUCGCUCUUCAAGGUCUCGUAUUUUACGCCUUGUGGACAGCCUCGGGCACAACGACCGACACCCUGACCAAGGCGAACCUUCGCACGAUGAACUCGCAUUGGUGGUUCGUCGAGUGCGUCUACGGCUGGGAAGACCUGUCCAAGGCGCUCCCGCCAACUCACGCUCCUUGGGUUCCCUUCUACCGCUUCAUCGGGCCCACUCUUACCGCGAAGAUUCAUUGUGCCCUCGACAUCAUCGCGCACGAGCUAUGCGACCGCGCUGUCGCCGCUUACCACGCCGCGGAACAAGUCUCGAAGGCGGGAGGUGCGAAGAUCCGGCGUCUGGCGUACAACGGCAUCAAAAUCGGCCUUCCACAGAAGGACAGCGUGCGCACGGUCCUCAAGCAGUUCGCGGACGAGCAAGACGUCGAGGCGGUCCUCGAGUUGCUGCCGAAGUCCUACUUCUCCGGCGAGUACAUGACUGACGAGGAGAUGAUGGCGGAGCUGCGCGACGGCCUUCACCGCCCACCUACAGGAGACGACCCAUCGCUACUCUCUUCGCAACCCUCCUCCUCGGCCACGGUCAUCGCUCGAGCUUCUGCCUGCAAGAUACCAGAGACACAGACUUUUGCCGUUGCGUUCGAAGCCGAGCGCUCCCUUCUCCUACCUCCAGCCCGCUGCCGCUCGGCGCCCGCGGUUCUAGUCCACGACCAAGUCGACUACUUGCGCGUGCGUGGGCAGCUUGCGAAGGACCGCAACGACAUCUUCGGUGGGGACAGCGUUCUGCGACAGGCGAAAGAGGGCAGGCGCGAGAUCGCGAGCGCGGUGAGUUCAACAGUCGUUGGACGGCCUCUCCAUUCGCAGCUCUGGACGGCCCGCCAUGCUAACGACGUGACGUUGGUGGGCUGCCAGAUCCGUCGCUCCGACGAACCCCCUCCUCCGACUUCCGAGCGAAUCGACACGACCGACAACGUCCCGCAGAAGCGCGAAAUCAGUCUCUCCGACAUCGACAACGUGAUCGAGGCCUGCGAACGUUUGAGGGCAGAGAUCGGUCUCCAAGGUCUCGUACUCUACGCGUUGCAGACAGCCUCGAGGACGGCGGGCAAUGCUCUGUCCAGACCAGAGCUUUGGGCGUUGAGUUCGAACUGGUGGCUCGUUGAAGGCGGUUACGGCUGGGAAGACUUCGACAAGGCGCUUCCCCUCACGACGGACGACGCAUCAGUCGCCUUCUAUCGGUUCAUCGGUCCUGUCUUGACCAAGAAGGUCUACGAUGCUCUUGUCAUCAUCGCUCGCCAGCAGUGUGGUCCCGCCGUCGCGGCCUUUCAAGCCGCCAAACGCCUUUCGAUGGCGGAAGGCCCGAAGGUCGAGUACCAGGUGCACAGCGGCGUCGAGCUCGGCGAACCGAGGCGAGAGAGCGUGCAGGAGGUCCUCAAGCAGGUUGCGGAUGAUGACCUCAUCAAGGCAGUCCUCGAGCUGCUGCCGAAAUCGUUUUUCUCCGGCGAGCCCAUGACCGGCGAGGAGAUCUUGGCGGAGUUGCGCGAGAGCCUUGAGGCGACGGGUGACUUGGUCCGUUGGUCGUCGCUUUCGCCCCUCGAGCGUCUCAUGGGGACCUGA